GGGAAGGGAAAGCCCAGCGUGACCGCGGCCUCCAGGCGGCAGCGGCGGGAUAGUCGUGAGGGGCGGAGCCGGACGUGAGAACACUUCCGAGGGGAGCGGCCUAAACCGGAGCACCGGGCUGUGCUGCGGAACAAGGAUGGCUGGUAGAAGUCUUACUCCUAAGACACCUGGGUUAUCAGUCAGUGCGCGAAAGAUUAAAGAUAACGCAGCAGACUGGCAUAAUUUAAUAAUGAAGUGGGAGACGCUGAACGGAAAUGGAUUUUCCAGUGCUACCAAAAUUGUGAACAUCAAAAUUGCUUCACGGUUUAAAGACAAGUCAGAGAUAGAAUGUGAUAACGUUGCCUCCGAUGAUAGAAGCCUGCCACCAGAUUACAAUGUAGAGUUGGACGAGUACUGCAUGGAACUUCUUGGGACCUUUGAAAAAAUGACAAAAAUAUAUCAGAAAAUGGAAAAGCUGUGUUCGACCACUAAAGGAAUUUGUGACUUGGAAAAAUACCAUCAUGGAGACCAUAGGACACCAUUGUUCCAUACGUGGCCCACACCCUAUUUCUAUGAAGCUUCUGUUAAACUCCUAGAAAUGUACUCAAAGGAACUGAAACUGAAGCAAACUAUCGUGCAAGAGAUUGCACAUACUGCUGACCAAUAUCUCUCAAUGGUCUACUUGUCAUCAUGGUUGUAUCAGCCUUAUAUUGAACACAGCAGCAGAGUUAUACUAGAAAGUAUGUUACUGGAAACAGGACACAGAUCACUCUAGUAGGCACUUUAUGCUAACUUCUACCCUGAAAAUUCUUGGAUGAGAGUUAUGCUGCAGAUUCUUUUGAUUUAUUUAAUAUGUUCAUAACAGUAUUUAAAAUAUAUUUGGGUAUUUUACUAUAAAUCUAUUCUGAAGAGUU